UGUCUUCAUAUUGUAUACGCAAUCUUAUUGUAGUGCUUGUGUUGUGUUUAAACAUAAUAUUUGGGCGCUUUAAGAUAUAUUUACAAAAUGAAUAAUUUUUUUAAUAUCGCGGAAACUUGCCGUGAUUGAUGCGCAUCGAUCUUUUACGAUAACAUAAUUUUGGGGCGCUUUAAAAUAUAUAUACUUAAAAUAUUUUUUUUUUGAAUAUCGUGGAAACAUGCAGUGUUUAAUUAUACGUAUUGAUCUUUUAUGAUAACAUAAUUUUUGGGUGUUUAAAGUAAUUCUUUAUAAUAUGGUGGAAAUUAAACCUGCGGUAUUUGAUACGCAUCGAUCCUUUAUGAUAACAUUCCAUGACGUCGAAUGAUGUAGUAUUUGAAAACCUUUGGAAAAAAGAAAAGCCAAUGAAUGUGAGGUUGGACCAUUUUAGGAGACGUUUGUCAAAAUGAUUUCGAAAUUGACUAUAUUUGGCGCAUCAAUAACUUAUAGUAAUAUUGUUUUUCAAAGGGAGUUUGUUGCUAAAUGCAACAUUUUUCAAAUGUCGAGCAUUUAGUUUUGACCGGACCCCAAUAAAUUUGAGUUAUUUUAUGUGAUUUUACACAUCUUUUGCACUUGUUCAAUAAAUUAUAAAAUAUUGCUUUUUUUGUAAAAAUAAUUAUAAAAUAUUGAAUUUAAUUUUAGAAUUCAUUUAUUGGUGUGUGUGGCAGCGGGAGAAUUUAGUUACCCUUUUUCAAUAAAAAUAGCUUCUAGAAUUUUCGAGAGAGAAUAAAACAGCUCUUAUUUACAUUGGCAAAUUUGGCAUAAUGGAAAUAAAAUUUAUUUAUGUGCAAACGAAUUAGCUAAUUCCGAAAAUGUGAAUUAAAUCUUAAGAGUAAGAGAGCAAGUGUUCUCAAAUAAUUAAUCUAAAAAAUCUUAAAAUUGAAGUUUUAAAAAGGAUCUUAAAAUUAAAUUAUGAGAAAAAACGAAUUCAGAAUCAAAAUCACCUGACAAAGCAGAUUAUUUUAAUUAUAUAUUUAUUGUUUCAAUAAAUUUCUGCUCUAUAAAUAUCGCCCACAACUCAGCGCCAAAGUCUCAUCCCAUUAUCAUAAUCUUCUCUGACUAUCUUGCCAUUCAUCUCCUUUCUUUGAUCAACUGCAAAAGCUCAAUCAUCAUGUCGCAAACUGUUGAGCUGAAGGUUGGCAUGUCAUGCCAAGGCUGCGUGGGAGCUGUUAAGAGGGUUCUCGGAAAAUUGGAUGGCGUUGAGUCGUACGACAUUGAUCUCGAGCAGCAGAAAGUGACCGUGAAAGGUAAUGUCCAGCCGGAUGUAGUUCUCCAGACUGUUUCAAAGACUGGGAAGGCAACCGCCUUCUGGGAAGCUCCACCACCUGCGGCCCCAGCAGCCGAGGCAUCAGCAGCCACGGCGCCAGCUCCAGAGGCACCAGCAGCCGAGCCAGAAAUAAAACCUUCAGAGACUGUUGCUGCCGCAUAAAUUGUAACUCUGCCUAUUAGAUUUUUUAAGUACUAUAUGGAAGCAAUAUGGUCUGUUGUAUCUGCCAAACUUGUCUGACAUAUGUAAUCCCUAAUAACUUCUUGCACACUGGUUCUGCUUCACCAUGUGAUGUACUUUUUCUUCAUGUAUCCCAAGAGAGACGACGUUUCUCUUUUGUUUAAGAAAUUGAAACAGUGGAUUGCAGAUGA